AGAAAAUCCUGAAGAAAGGUAAAGGUCUGGCAACAACCCAGGAGGCCGAAGAGGAAAUCACGUGAGAUCGAAGUGUGACGGGCUUUGUUUUGCGCGAAAGAAAAAGCAAUACUACAGCGAUAUCCCGCAAAGUAAAGAUGCGACGGCUGUUUCUACAUCGGAAUGGGAGGUAAAAGCGCGAAACCCAAGAUUCCCUCCUAUGAGCCCUACCAGUGCUGUCCUGCGAAGGUUGCUCGCGGCACUAAGCUCGCCAAGGCCACAAAAGUCAGCCCCAUUAUCAAGGAAAAGGAUAGGGUGGUCCAUGGUAAGGUCAGAGGCAGACUCGGUAAAACGGAAACUUCGGCGUUGAAGCCUAUUAACAAGCUCACACCAAAGGAGAGCAAAAAGAUGGCGACAAGUUCAUCGAUCAAGAGUGCAACAGCCACCUCCAGUCCAACCACCGUAGUCAAGCAAUCCCAUUCGAAGGUCAAAAGAGGAUUUUUCGGAAGUGUUAUGGCCGGUCUUCCGUACCUCAUGAAGGUUUAAGAAGAAUUACGUUACGAGAGGGGAACUAUAACUGAGAGAGAUUAAGAGAAAAAAAGAGACAGAAAAAGAAAGAUAGAAAAAGAGACAGAGAGAGAGAGAAAGAGAGAGAGAGAGAGAGAGAGAUCGAUGGACCGAAGCUUUAAGACAAAACAUAAUUGAUGUCUAACCAAUAGGAAGACAAGGAAGAUUCUAUAUCCACUGGAGUAUUAGACGUCGUCUCGAUUAAUAGGAGAAAAGACAAAACAACAACAACAACUCCAAUAACAAAAACAACAACAACAACAACAACAACAACAACAACAACAACAAUCAAAAUAUUACAAAGAUUAAUAAUAACAAGAUAGCACAUUGAAGAGUGCACUCUAUAAAUAUCUAAAAAGAUUACAUUUAUCUUAUCUUAUCUUAUCUAUCGAUUAUACGUACAUAUAUAUUCGAA